UUAUACGUCUCAGUCACAGUCUUAGUCUUCCUCCUACUAAUUCAGUCAGGAUGGAGAUUUAGAAUGAGCGUGUACAAACUUUUCAAAUUUACACCUGAACACAAGAAAACUGCAGAGGAAGGCGGAGAAUUUAAAUAUGGCCUUUAAUUGUGGUCAUCUACUGUCUUUUCUACUGCUGUCCCAAGGAAUCCAACUUGCUCAAGGAAGCUGUGGAAGUGGGGAGUUCCAGUGCACCAGUGGACAAUGCAUAAACAUAGCCUGGAGGUGUGAUGGGACCAAAGACUGCACAGAUGACUCAGAUGAGUUAAACUGUCCAAGUCCAUCAUGUACCUCCCAAGAAUUUAAGUGUGUGACAAGUGGUGAAUGCAUUUCAUUGGGAUUCGUCUGCGAUGGGGAAGAAGAUUGCAUCGAUGGCUCAGAUGAACAAAGAACCUGUGGUGGAAGGACCUGCAGUCCAGACCAGUUUACAUGCCAGGAGGGCCAGUGUAUCCCCAUCAAAUACAGAUGUGACCACAUGAAGGACUGUCUCGACAACUCUGAUGAGAACAGCUGCAACUAUCCUCAUUGCACUGAGAAGACAUGUGCUAAUGGGGCCUGUUAUAACAACUCUCAGCACUGCAACGGACUACAGGACUGUAGAGAUGGCUCCGAUGAAUUCAACUGCACAUCUCAACACUGUCCCAUCCACCAGUAUCAGUGUGCAAAUGGCUACUGUAUUCCACAUUCCUUUGUUUGUGACCACUGGGAUGACUGUGGGGACAGCAGUGAUGAACAUGGCUGCGCGUACCAGAGUUGCAGUGGCAGUGAGUUCACGUGUUCCAGUGGUCGUUGCAUUCCUCAGCACUGGGUGUGCGACAAGUUCAACGACUGUGGGGAUUACAGUGAUGAGAGAGGAUGUGAUAGUAACUCUCGAGACUGUUACCCUGGCGAAUGGGGAUGCCCAAGCUCAACAGCAUGUAUACCAGUGGGCAAAGUGUGUGACGGCAAACCUGACUGUCCUGGAGGAACAGAUGAGACCAACUCUACAGCACAGCAAACCUGCAGCCUGGAUCGGUGCUCCACCUUGAGCUGCGAGUUCAUCUGCCACCCAACUCCUCAAGGAGGCGCCUGCUACUGCCCUGAUGGUUUCAUUGUAGCCAAUGACAGUCGUUCCUGUGUUGACUAUAAUGACUGUCAGAUCUGGGGGAUCUGUGACCAGCUGUGUGAAGAUCGUCCUGGGACACAUCACUGUAGCUGUGCUAAUGGAUACUUCUUGGAGCAGGGUCAUGUGUGCAAAGCCAAUAUAUCAGCUGGAAUACCACAACUCAUUUUCACAAACGGGGGUGAUGUGAUGAUGGCCGAUAUACACGGACGCUUUGAAAGAGUUUUAGUGCCAUCUCAGGGCAAAGGUUAUGCUGUUGGGGUGGCCUACCACUGGCACAGUGACAAAGUCUUCUGGAGUGAUACAAAUACCAGAAAGGUAUAUUCUGCUGACUAUGAUGGGGGUAACAUCAAGGAGGUUCUAACUGCUGCAGUCCAUAACGUUCAGAGCCUCGCUGUGGACUGGAUCAACUUCAAACUCUAUGUCUUAGAGGUCAUGGUUGAGCGCAUUGACAUGUGUGACUUUGAUGGAGGGAAUCGGGUCACGCUGGUGGCUGAAAACCUGCAUACACCUCAUGGCCUCGCCCUGGACCCCACAGUGGGCUACAUGUUCUUCACAGACAAGGGCACUGGCAAUGAGCAGAUGAAGCUUGAGCGCGCCUUCAUGGACGGCAGUAAUCGCUUCGAGCUGGUGAAGGGCAGACUGGGCACUCCGACAGGAAUCACCCUUGACAUUGUCACUCAGAGGGUCUACUGGUCUGACAGCCACUUUGACACUGUGGAGACUGUCACCUACAAUGGUCUGGAUAGGAAAAUAGUUCUCAAUGGUGGAACCCAGGCUCCGCAUCCGUUUGGAAUUGCUGUGUUUGAAAACCACAUAUUCUUCACUGACUGGGCCAAGUUGGGUGUGGUGAGAGCCAACCGGUUCAACGGCAGCAACCCCUCACUCCUUUAUCGUACCACAAAGAGACCGGGUCAUGUUGUAGUCUCAACCUCUGUCCUGCAACCUGUUGUGAUGAACCCUUGUGGCAGGCACAAUGGCGGCUGUCAGCACAUUUGUGUCUUGAGUCACCGCUCCGACAACGAAGGCCUGGGCUUCCGCUGCAAGUGUCGCCAUGGUUACGACCUGCAGCCUGACCGCCGGACCUGCUUUAAGUUGAAGGACUUUUUGUUGUUGGCCACCUCUCUCGCGGUGCGGGGAAUCCCACUGAAUGUGUCCCUCCAGGAGGAUGUCACCCUGCCCCUCACAGGUCUUGGACCUUCCUUCUCUGGCUCUGCUGUAGAGUUUGACGGCAACAAGGGGACUAUUUUCUACAACGAAAGGGCCAGAGGCCUUGUCUACAAGUCAAACCUCAAUGGCACAGUCCAACAGAUUUUGACGGGCUACAGAGUGGGAAUAGUCGAUGCCAUGGCUUAUGACUGGACCUCCAAUGUUUUGUUUUGGACCACAAGCACCUACAGGUCGGUGGUGGCCUUCAGAGUCGAGGACAAAUCCAGACGAGACAUUGUGACUGGAAUGAGAAACCCAAAGGGAAUUGCAGUGCAUCCGAGUGCUGGCUACUUGUUCUGGUCUGACUGGUACCGUCCAGCGGUCAUCAUGAGAGGGAUCACUGAUGGCAGCAAUGCUAUUCCCCUGGUCAACACAACAUUGGGAUGGCCAUACGGGCUCUGCGUGGACUACGUGAUGGACAGGCUGUACUGGGUGGAUUCCCUCCUGGACCAGAUUGGUCACAUUGGCAUCGAAGGCUACAACCGACAGACGUUUACCGAUAUCGGCCAGAUCACCCAACCCUACUCUUUGACAAUUUAUUCAGACUACCUUUAUGUGUCUGAUACACGCACCAGAGCAGUGUUCGAGAUGAGGAAGAGGGACGGAGGAGGAAACAUUAUGAUCAGACAAGGGGUCACUGGCAUCAUGAAUGUUAAGGCCUACACAGCCGACCUUCACAGCACGUUUACCAGCCGGUGCAAUACGGUGCCCAACGGGCGCUGCAGUCACUUCUGUUUCCCAGCUCCCUCCUUCAGUCGAGUGUGUGGCUGUCCGUACGGCAUGAAACUUCAGGACAAUCAGAGGGACUGCAUCAAGGAUGACUCUGUGAUCCCACCUGACAACAUCUGUGGCGACCACGCCUUUGAGUGUGAUGAAGGACGCUGUAGGCCCAACUCCUACCGCUGUGAUGGGAUUGUCGAUUGCGUAGAUAAGACUGAUGAGGCCAACUGCACAGAUACAGGAGCGACCUGCUCUCCACAAGCGUUCACCUGCAACAAUAAGCACUGCAUCCAGCCCAGCUGGCUCUGUGACGGCAUGGACGAUUGUGGCGAUGGUUCUGAUGAAAGUAACUGUCCCACUCAUCUCCCAACCACCUGUGCAGACGUCUUCUUUACCUGCGAUAACAACAGGUGUAUUUCUAAACUGUGGGUGUGUGACGGUGACAACGACUGUGGUGAUGGCUCUGAUGAACACAACUGCAAUUCAACUAUCACCACAUGCCCCCCUUCCUACUUCCUGUGUCCCGACCACCGCUGCAUCCACAGCUCUUACGUCUGUGAUGGAGACCAGGACUGUCUGGAUGGAUCUGAUGAGACAAACUGUGAGUUUUCCUGUGCCUCCUAUGAAUUUGCCUGUGCCAGCGGGGACCAGUGUGUCACUUUGGGAUAUCAGUGUGAUGGAGUGUUUGACUGCAGGGACCAUUCGGAUGAACAAGACUGUCCCACUCGAGGGCCAGGCCUCUGCCACAAUAAUGAAUUCCAGUGCCAGACUGAUGGUUCUUGCGUACCAGGCGAGUGGGAGUGUGACGGCCAUCCGGACUGUGAGGAUGGAUCCGAUGAGCACAACUCCUGCCCUCCUGUCACCUGCGGGUCCAACUACUUCCAGUGUACCAACAAAAUUUGCAUUCCGACAAGUUGGCUGUGCGAUGGUGACAACGACUGCCGGGACAUGAGUGAUGAACAGAACUGCCCUACCCCUCCGUUUACUUGUCCAUCUGGUCAGUGGCAGUGCCCCACUGACCAGGCCUGCAUCUCCCUGGACAAGGUGUGCAACGGCCAGAGGGACUGCCCCAAUGGGGCCGAUGAGUCACCGAUCUGCAACCAAGACGAUUGUGUGCUAAACAACGGGGGCUGCAGUCACGGUUGUAUCCAGGGACCUUUUGGGGCUCAGUGCACCUGUCCACCAGGAUUUCAGCUCAAUGACACCAAGACCUGCGAGGACAUCGACGAGUGUAUGAUCCCUGGGUUCUGCAGCCAGCAGUGCUACAACGAGAGAGGAAGCUUCAGGUGCUACUGCUCAGAUGGUUACCUCCUUGAGCCCAAUGGACGCACCUGCAAAGCUGCAGAUCCACUAGCAGCUGUACUUCUGGUUACCAAGCGUAGCCAGAUAAUCGCCAACCAUAUCAAUAUGAGACCACCCCAGAUGCGUCCAGUGAUCAGCGGCUCGAGCAUCGUGACAGUAGACUUUGAUCGCGUGACUUCCAAAAUCUACUGGGCAGAUGCCUCACAGAAGAAGAUAUGGCGUUCCAACCGGAAUGGCACCGACAGACAGGAAGUGUUCUCUGCUGGUUUGAUGGUACCAGAGAGUAUAGCUGUGGACUGGGUGGCUCGGAACCUUUAUUGGGCCGACUCUGUCAUGGAGAGCAUUGAGGUGUCCACUCUAGAUGGUCGCUUUCGCAAAGUCCUCCUCACUAAGAAUGUCACCAGCCCCCGUGGACUAGUUCUGGACCCUCGCAAUUACACCAACCUGAUGUUCUGGUCAGACUGGGGUCAGAACCCCAGAAUCGAGCGAGCCGACAUGGAUGGAGCCAUGAGACGAGUCAUUGUCAGCACUAAGAUCUACUGGCCCAAUGGCCUGGCCCUCGACUACACCACACACAGGGUCUACUUUGCUGAUGCCUACCUCAAAUAUAUUGACUACUGUGACUAUGAUGGCAACAACCGCCAUCAGGUCAUGGCAAGUGACAUGGUUCUCCAGCACCCACAUGGCAUGACCAUCUUCGAGGACAACAUCUAUUGGUCGGAGCGCUACACCAGCAAGGUGAUGAAGACGAACAAGUUUCACGGUGGCAACAUCACCACUCUGAUGAACAAUGUUUACCAACCCAUGGGCAUCGUUAUGGACCAUCCCAUCAAACAACCCGCAGCCAUCAACCCAUGCAAGGAGCACCUGUGCAGUCAGCUGUGCCUGCUGUCCGGCCUGAGGCCCAGGUACUACACCUGCCACUGUCAGUCGGGCUGGAAGCUGGAUGCUGAUAGACGCACCUGUAUCAAAGACGACGCUCCCUUCUUGAUGGUGGUGAGAGACUCCGUGAUUUUGGGCGUUCCUCUUGACCCCGCUGACCCCUCAAACAACGCAAUGGCCCCAGUGUCUGGCCUCAGCCAGGGGCGGGACAUCGACUUCGAUGACCAGGAGCAGUUUGUCUAUUGGGUGCAGAGCACUGGUUCUAUAUGGCGAGUGAAAACCAGUGGCACUAACAGGUCCGAGUUUGCGCCAGCUGCUUUCAUGGGCUCACCGUCUGGUCUUGCUUUUGAUUGGAUAAGCCGAAUAAUGUAUUACACUAAUCCUGCUGGUAAAGCCAUUGAGGUUAUCCGUGUCGAUGGAAACCAACACUAUAGGAAGACCCUCAUCACCUCCACUGGCAAACCCGAGGGAGCGGGAGAGCCCAUUGGAAUAGCUCUGGAUCCAGCGCGAGGGAAAUUGUUUUGGACAGACAAGGGGUCAGACAGUGGAGUUCCUCCAAAGGUCGGCAGCGCUGACAUGGACGGAGGAAACCCAAGGAACCUCUACACUGGCAACAUGGCCAACAUAGGAUUUAUUGCCGCUGACAUCUCUACCACAAAACUGUACUGGGGUGUAGCAGGCUCUGGAGUUAUUGAAAGUGGCACCAUGGACGGAGUGAGCCGGGUGACGGUGGUCAGUGGUCUGUCCCAUCCGUGGGGGCUGACGAUCUACCAGAAUCACCUCUACUACACAGACCUUGACUACGAGGUCAUUGAGAGGGUGGACAAGGACAACGGUGCCAAUAUGGUGGUGAUGCGGAGCGGCAUGUCUGGUCUGCGUGCUCUUAAAGUGCACGCCAGAGACAACUCAGCAGGGACCACUAAUGCCUGCAGUUCCAACAACGGGGGUUGUCCUCACCUCUGUCUGCCCAAACCUGACAAUCAAAAGACAUGCGCCUGCACCACAGGCUUAAACCCCUCGCAAGACGGCUCCCGCUGUGAACAGUAUGAAUCCUUUGCCAUCAUUUCCACCACCAAGUACAUCCGUGGCUUCCACAUAAACAGCUCAGACCACUCUGAGGCAAUGGUGCCUGUCGGUGGAACUUCCUACUCCAUCAAGGGCAAGCUGGACCUGCAUAUUGAAUCUGGCUUCAUGUACUGGACUGAUAACUCCACCUCCGCCUCAUACAGGGGCAUCUUCAAGGCCAAAACAGAUGGAGGGGGUUACAGCAAUGUCAUCACCUCAGGCGUUGGAAGAGGAGGCAUCCAGGGCCUUGCUGUUGAUUGGGUCGCAGGUAACUUAUACUUCACCAAUGCCUUCGAGAGUGAGACCUUCCUGGAAGUGCUGGCCAUCAACACCACCUACCGAAUGAUUCUCCUCAAGUCAUCCCAGGACCGGCCCAGUGACCUGGCCGUGAGCCCCAAGCUUCGCUACCUCUUCUGGACUGACGGUGGCCAAACACCCAAGAUUAAGCGAGCUCUGCUGGAUGGCACCAACCGCACAGUUUUAGCAUCUGAGAGCCUGGCUUCACCCCGCGGCCUAACCGUUGAUUACACAAAUGACUUCCUCUAUUGGACAGAUGAUGUUCUUGAUAUGAUCUCCCGUAUGGCCAUGGAUGGGACACAGAGGCAGAUUAUCAGGUACGGGAGCCGAUAUCCUUCUCCGACGGGAAUGGCUAUAUUUGGAAACUACAUGCUGUGGGUAGAUAAGAAGCUGGGGAAGCUCUUCCAGGCCAGUAAAGACCCAGCCAAUACUGACCCGCCAGAGGUCAUUCGAGACAAUAUUGAUGAGCUGAUGGAUGUUGCCGUCUUUGAUGCGCACAUCCAGCCCCAGUCAGCCAACCAGGUGGGCUUCAACCCUUGUCAAGAAGACAAUGGACGCUGCCAGCAUCUCUGCUUUGCCUUACCAGGCCAGGAGAAUCCAAAAUGUGGUUGUGCGCAUGGGUCACUCCUCAGUAACGGAGUGACGUGUGGUUAUGGACUAGAUGAGUUUCUGGUUUUCACCACAGACUACACACUGAAUAGCCUGAGGCUAGACCCUGCGGACCACAGUGCUCCCUAUCCGACGGUGAACUUGGGCUACAACUUGAUGGCAUUGGAUUAUGACUUCAAGGAGAAGCGAAUUUUCUUCACCCAGUCCAAGGGGAUUGGUCGAAGCAGGAUUGGCUAUGUCUCUACGACAUCCAUCACCAGCCCGCCUGUGAUUUUAACCUCAAAUUUGGAUGAUCCAGACGGAUUAGCAUAUGAUUGGAUCAACAAGCGUCUCUACUUCACUGACUAUUAUGGACGUAAUGUCCAGUCCAUAGGGGUGGAUGGGAUGAAUCGCUCCAUCAUCGCCCAUGCAAACCGCCCCAGAGGCAUCGUUGUCGACCCCUGCUAUGGUUACCUUUACUGGACUGACUGGGGUUCCCCAGCGAAGAUUGAGAGGGCCACACUGGGUGGAAACUUCCGCACCGCUAUCAUCAACAGCAGCCUGACAACACCCAAUGGCCUGUCUCUGGAUUACAAAGAGAGGAUGCUCUACUGGGCUGAUGCUUCACUAGACAAGAUAGAACGGGCUUCUCUGAAUGGCGAGAACCGACAGGUGAUCAUGCACGGGGUCCUGUCCCCGUAUGCCAUGACUGUCUUUCAGCAGGACAUUUUCUGGACCGACUGGACUGAGAGAGGCGUCUUUAGGGCAGGAAAGGACGAUGGCUCUGGCUUCACAGUACUGGCGCAGGACCUGCAGUACCGGCCGAACGACAUUCAUGUUUACGCUGCAUCCAAGCAGGAGAGCUGCUCCAGCUCCUGUCAGCAGUUCAACGGAGGCUGCAGUCACGUCUGUGUUCCUGGUCCAUUGGGCCCAGAGUGCCAGUGUCCUCAUCAGGGAAAGUGGUACCUGGCCAACAACGGCAAAGACUGCAUCCAAGACACAGGGAAACGCUGUCAGCCGGAGCAGUUCACUUGUAUCAACGGGAACUGCAUCUCAGCAAGGUGGAAGUGCGACGGCUACAACGACUGCCACGAUAACUCGGACGAGCUGGAGAGAGUGUGUGCUUUCCACACCUGCUCCGCGAUGGACUUCACCUGUGACAGCGGGCGCUGUCUGCCGCUCAGCUACGUCUGUGACUACACGGAUGACUGUGGUGACAACAGUGACGAAAGGGGCUGUCCCUUCCCCACAUGUAACCCCGCCACUGAGUUCACCUGCCGCAACGGACGCUGCAUCAGUGCAUCCUUCGUCUGCGACGGUCACAACGACUGCAGAGACAACGCCACCUCUGAUGAAAUCAACUGCCCUGACAGGACGUGUCCUGUUGGUCAGGUGAAGUGUGACAACACCAACAUCUGCAUCUACCCUGAAAAUCUGUGCGAUGGCUACAACAACUGUGGAGACAACAGCGAUGAGAAUCCUCUCUUCUGUGCGGGCCGCACAUGCUCUCCCGACCAGUUCCGCUGCGAUGGAGGGAAGUGUAUCCCUAACUCUUGGGUGUGUGACUCCAUCAGUGACUGCAGUGAUGGGACAGAUGAACCCCCCUCCUGUGAGGACCAGAUCCGGACAUGCAGCUCCAGCCAGUUCACUUGUACCAAUGGAAACUGCAUCCCUCAGUCAAUGGUCUGUGACGGCAACAAUGACUGUUGGGACAGCAGUGAUGAGGCUCCUGAGCUACAGUGUGGACAACGUACCUGCAGCUCCAGCCAGUUCACCUGCCCAACCUGGCACCCUGGCCACCCACGCUGUGUACCCUUAAGCUUUGUGUGCGACGGAGAGAAAGAUUGCGCCGAUGCAGCUGAUGAGCUCCAGAACUGCCCCAAUCGGACCUGCCACAUGAACGAGUUUGCCUGUUCCAAUGGACUUUGCAUCUUUCUUCCCUUCCACUGUGACCGUGUGAAUGACUGCGGGGACGGCAGCGACGAGUUGGGGUGCACUUACGAUACAUGCACGAGCAACCAGUUCACCUGUGGUAACGGAGCCUGCAUCUCUGCCUUCUUCACCUGCGAUGGGGAGAGCGACUGCAUGGACGGCUCAGAUGAGGCAGACAGCCUGUGCACCACACCCCAGCCCACCUGUGCUCCCCAGCAGUACAUGUGCAAGUCAGGCGAGUGCAUCGACAACAGCAAGGUGUGCAACGGACAGAAGGACUGCCAGGACAACAGUGACGAAAAAGGCUGUGGAGUCAACGAGUGCAGAAACCCUUCAGUCCACAAGUGUGCCCAGCUCUGCACCGACACCCCAACCGGUUAUUUCUGCUCUUGCCACCCUGGCUACCAACUCAUGCCAGAUGGCAAAGCUUGUGAGGACCUCAACGAGUGUCUUCGUACCCCCGCCGUCUGCAGCCAGAUCUGUGAGAACUCUGUCGGCUCAUACCACUGCAAAUGUGCCCCAGGGUACAUACGCGAAGCGGAUGGGCGCACCUGUCGUCAGAACAGCGGCAUUGCCCCAUACCUGUUGUACAGCAACCGCUACUACAUCCGCAAUUUGACCACUGAUGGGUCACAUUUGAGUAUCGUCCUGCAGGGGCUAUCUAAUGUGGUGGCGCUAGAUUUCGAUCACUAUGAGAAGAGGCUUUUUUGGCUGGAUGAAGGGGCAGGAAAGAUUGAGAGGAUGCGCUUUGACGGGACUGACAGGGAGACGGUGACGGAUGACGACGUGAGAGGAGCUGAAGGCCUGGCACUGGACUGGGUGGGCAGAAAGUUGUACUGGGUGGAUGGCUAUUAUGGCUCAGUUCAUGUAAUGGAGCUGGAUGGACGCUACCAGAAGAAGUUGCUGUCGGGGGAGUUCACAGAUGGAAACAACACUCACACUGUCAGCCGACCUCGUGCUGUAGCUGUCAACCCGAAAUAUGGAUGGCUGUACUGGACCGACUGGGGUGACUCGGCAUAUAUCGGCAGAGUCGGCAUGGACGGAAGCAACGUUAGCGCCAUUAUCACAACCAAGCUGGAGUGGCCCAAUGCUUUGACCAUCGACUACACCACCAACAAGAUCUUCUUUGCCGAUUCCCACCUUAACUUCUUGGACUUCGCAGACAUGGACGGCCAGAACCGACACCGGGCCAUUUCGGGUAGUCUCCCUCAUGUCUUUGCUGCUUCCCUGUUUGAGGACUGGGUCUACUGGACGGACUGGAACACACACACUGUGGAAAAGGCCCACAAGUACACUGGCGAGCAGCGCACUGUCAUGGGGAACAACACACAUCGGCCCUAUGACAUUCAUGUCUAUCACCCCUAUAGGCAACCUCGAAGUGAGAACCCCUGCUCCUCCCAUCACCUGACCUGCAGUCAUCUGUGUUUGAUCGCACCUGGUGGGCAACAAGCUACCUGUGAGUGCCCUGAUCACUUCGUCGGCGUCUCUGUGGGCUUCAAGAUUCAGUGUGUCGCCGACUGCUCCAGCACCCAGUUCCGCUGUGGGGACAACGAGAGGUGUGUUCCCAUUUGGUGGAAGUGUGACGGCCAGUCAGAUUGCGGUGACGGCUCAGAUGAGCCUCAGACCUGCCCUCCACGUAACUGCCCCGUCGGCCAGUUCCAGUGUCAAGACGGAAACUGUACCUACCCUGGCUUCAUCUGCGACGGCCACCCGGACUGUCCUGACAGCUCAGACGAGGAUGCUGCUCUCUGCAGUGACCACCGAUGCCAGGAAAACCAGUUCCAGUGUAAAAACAAGAAAUGCAUCCCUGUGUCCUGGCACUGCGACGGAGUGAAUGACUGUUCAGACAAUAGCGACGAGGACCCGGAGACUUGUGCCCAGAAAACAUGUCGACCGGGACAGUUCCAUUGUACUAACGGCAACUGCCUUCCAUCAAGCUACGUGUGUGACGCACAGGAUGACUGUGGAGACGGUUCUGAUGAACCGCAUGAAACCUGCAUGGGUCCAGAAUACAAAUGCGACGCAGAAACCGAGUUCUCCUGCAAGACAAACUACCGCUGUAUUCCUCAGUGGGCCCGAUGCGACGGCACCAAUGACUGCAUCGACAACAGCGACGAGCAAGGCUGCGAGGAGGUGACCUGUGAUCCUCUGGGAGAUUUCCGAUGCGACAACCACCGCUGUGUUCCCAUCCGCUGGCAGUGUGAUGGCACCAAUGACUGUGGUGACGGCUCAGACGAGAGGAACUGCCAGCCAAGGCCCUGCUCUGAAAGUGAGUUUCGAUGUGACAAUGCACAGUGUAUCCCCGGGAACUGGGUGUGUGACCAUGACAACGACUGCGGGGACAACUCAGACGAACGAGACUGCGAGUUGCAGACGUGUCCUCCAGGUAGAUUCCAGUGUGACUCGGGUCACUGUAUCCCUGCUGCGCUGCAGUGUGAUGGCCGGCCUGAUUGUCGGGACCUGUCAGAUGAGACCAGCUGUCCUACUCGUUACCCAGGGGGCCGUUGGUGCCCUCCGAGCCUGUUCGAGUGUGACAACCAUCUGUGUGUGAGCCGGGGCUGGGUGUGUGAUGGCGCUGACGACUGUGGGGACCGCUCUGACGAACAGCUCAGUUUAUGCUUGAACAUCACCUGUGAGAUGCCGUCCAGGUUCCGCUGUGCCAACGGCUACUGUGUCUACUCUGGCCUGCUGUGCAACCAAAAAGACGACUGUGGGGACGGCAGUGACGAGGGAGAAGAACUCUGCCGUGAGCCCACGCUGGCCCCCUGCACGCUGGACGAGUUUAAAUGCACCAACGGACACUGUGUGGCUCUGCCAUACGUGUGUGACCACAAUGACAACUGUGGGGACCGCACUGACGAGUUGGGCUGCAAUUUUGGCCAUGACCGCAACUGUGAGGAGAAGCGGUGCCAGCACGAGUGCACUAACCUGAACGGCACCGGCUUCAUCUGCUCCUGCAGACCUGGAUACAGAGUGGACCCAGUCAGCACCUACACCUGCCUGGACAUCAACGAGUGUGAGGUGUAUGGCACCUGUCCUCAGGUCUGUAAGAACACAAAGGGCAGCUACGACUGUGAGUGCGCCCCCGGAUACAGGAAGGUGGGCAACGGCAACAUGUGUGAGGCUGAAGGAGCGACGCCCCUGCUGCUUCUACCGGAGAACAUUCGUAUCCGGAGGUUCAACCUGCAGACGGAGGCCUACCAUGACUUUCUCCAAGAAGAAGAGCGCGUCAUGGCUCUGGACUACGACUGGGACCACAACAACACCGGACUCAGUAUGGUUUACUUCACUGUGGCCAGCAAGGACUCUGUGCCAGGAGCCAUUAAAAGAGCAUACAUCCCCUCGGUGGAUGACGGCAAUAACAACAUCGGUGCUGCCGUUGACCUCGGCAUCAAAUACAUCACCAGACCAGAUGGCAUCGCCGUGGACUGGGUGGGCAGAAACCUUUACUGGGCAGACUCCCGGGUGAAGAGGUUAGAGGUGGCCAUGUUGGAUGGACGCUACAGGAAGCACCUUGUCAAAACCGAGCUCGGUCACCCGUCUGCAGUAGCUGUCAACCCUCGACUGGGGAUGUUGUACUGGGCAGACCGCGGGGAAGCGGCCAAGAUUGAGUGUUCAUGGCUGGACGGUCAGGAGAGGAAGGUCCUAGUGGCUGACGGCCUGGGUUGGCCCACUGGCCUGUCGAUCGACUUCACCAACGGUGACAGAAUUUACUGGUCCGACUCCAAGGAAAGCCGCAUAGAGUCUGUUCUGCCUUCAGGAGAGGAACGGAGGACCGCUGUUUAUAUAGACGUGAGGAACCCCUUCAGUGUGAGUGUGUUCGAGGACCACGUUUACUGGAGCUCUCAGGAGAAAGGCGAGGUGUUCCGGCAGGACAAGUUUGGCCGCGGGGACAAGAUCAGUCUGCUGACUGCCGGGCCCUGGCUGACCCAGGUCUCUGUGUACCAGCAGCAGAGAUACAACUCCUUAGGUGUGAAGAAUCCAUGUAGGGGAACCUGCAGCCACCUGUGUUUGCUGCGACCGAGCGGUUACACCUGCGCGUGCCCCGAGGGCACCAGCUUCGUCUCCAGCAGCAACACCGAAUGUGAUGCAGGGUUUGAUCCGCCACCUACAAUGCCACCACCAUGUCAGUGUCAAAACGGAGGCACCUGCUACUUUGAUGACAACAAGGCUCUUUGCGUAUGUCCUCCAGACUGGAAGGGAGAAUACUGCCAGACAAACGUAUUCGACGUGGUCGCAUCCUCAAUCGGGAUAGCCCUCGGUGUGACAGCAGUGAUCGUGGUUCUGCUCGUCGCUCUUGUUUAUGUUGCCAGGAAGAAAUCCAACUUGCUGGAGAGCCUGCGGAACAGCGUGCCCUCAAUGCCCAGCAUGCCCAGUAUGCCAUCUAUUCCCACCCUGGCAAGCUUCAGGAACGGUUUGACUCGAAAUGGACCAAAAACAGAGGACAGUGACACGAGGAUGAAUUCAGAAGCGGUUCCCUCCAUGUCCGUGUCCAUAUUGGACAGAGAGGAGAGGAACUUUGAGAACCCGGCGUAUAAUGCUGAAGAUGAACUCUCCUCCAGCCGCGCAGCGACGGCGGCCACCUCUGCUCCUACUGGAACAGACGAGGAGAACGUCGAUAAUCCCUUGUAUGUGGAAGAAGUUCAAGUUGUGGACGGUCCCAAAAGAACCGCGAGUAAACCUGCCGCUGCCAACAAGGAGGAUUUUGAGAACCCUUGGUACGUCUCCAAGACAGAUGAUAUAGAUGUUACCUCUGCACAACCCACUGCUUCAAGCGCACAGCAGUUUGAACCAAUCAGGGACGACAUUUUUGUGUCUUUCAAAAAUCCGACAUACAUGGACCCAACACAAGCGCACGCUCCUGAUUCUGACGUUUGAUGUCACCUCUACAUCAGUGAUGAGACGUUUCGUCAAACUAAGCAUUUCACCGACCUGAAUAAUAAAAAAAAAUCAACCAGGAUAGUUUGUAAAAGAAAAAUAUAUUUUGUCACAUUCAGACUAAACUUUAAUCUCUUUGUGUAUAACAAACAAACAAUGGUAGACGUGAUUCAAUGUGAAUAAUAUGAGACUGAAUAAAGUGCAUAGAAACUUGUAAAUGCCGUGUCUAUAAUUAACAGUUAGUUUUGUAUCUUUUACUAAUUUGAUUGAUUGUAAGAUAAUUAAAUAUUAAAAACUGCCACUAUCA